AUGGUUCCUCAGCAGCAGAGACGGAGGCGGAGGAGAGCGGCUUUAUCUAGGACAGCAGAACGUCGUGUGGUCGUAGUGAGAGGAGCUGGAGGCUUCGGAUUUACGAUAGCAGGGCAGAGACCUUGCGUUGUAUCCGCCGUAGCGGCUGGCGGACCCGCGGAAAGGGCUGGUUUGCGCGCAGGCGACGCAUUAUUAGCCGUGGACGGGGCGAGUGUGGCUCGAGCACCUCACGCAUCAGUCGCCCGUCUCGUCGCAUCAGCUUCAGGGCCGAUAGCUUUAAGUGUAGCGCCGCGAGAGUCCGCGCCGACUGAUACUGAAGACACCGAGCCUGAAGAACGAGCUAGAACGAGGCGGAGAUACCCACCGCCGCGACGCAGGCCACAACCAGCACUACUGCAUCAUCCAGGUUGUCACGCCGCCCCAAGUACGUCGGGAGUGAACGAAAUCCUGCAGAAUUUGAGUCGAGCACAGCUCACUCCAAACUAUAUCGCUAGACUGGAGUGUCGCGCGGUCGUAGGGUAUCUAGGGACCAUCGAGACACCCCAGGCAUCAGCCACCGCUGCACCCGGCAAUGUAAGGAACGCAGUCCGCAAGUUACGCCAAGAGAGACGGACGGCUGCACCUGUGUUGCUCUCCGUACUCCCCAACGCUUUACUCCUACGACGGCCGAAUACGCAGAUCCUAGCACAAUAUCAGCGGGAGAGGAUAGUGUACGCUGGAUGUGGUUCAGACGCUGACAGAAGGUUCUUCGGUUUGGUCACAGCGGCUGAAGUUACCGAUUUAGAGGCGGAGGCAUCUCACAGCUGUCAUGUAUUCGCAGUAGAUCCGAGGACGGCUGAACACGAAGCUCAUCUGGCUAGAGCGAGGGAGUUCCAGAUAGUGUGUACGAGGGAUCCUGUCGCUGAAAGAUGCUUAGAGUUCCCGCCGUCAGCUGAGUACGUCGUUGGCGUCAUAAGAGGAAUGUACUCCCUACCGCCCGAUGAUUGCUCCAGCCCAACAAUACAGCAGAUAUCUAAAUUAGCCGUGAAGAGUGACAGUCCGGCUUUAGGGAACUUUUCGCGAUGCAAUCGACCAGUUUUUAGGAUACCUCGCGAUCGAAGACCGAGACAGGAAGAAGCGAGGGUCGAGGGGCCAGACUUUGUGGCUAACUCGCCACAACCGAGCAACCAUAGUGAAGUGACCACGACCACAUCAAGCAAUAGUGAUUCCGGUAUAGGCUUCCACAACGACUGUAGAAAUAUAUCUGAUAGGAUACUAGUCGUAGAUUUCGCUGGACAACAGCCGCCUCCGAACAGAUUCCGCCAAGAAAUACCAAGGCGGCCGAUAGGAUUGGUCGGAUGCAGCUUUGAAACCGAUGGCUCGUUCUUGUCUAACACGACCCCGGUAGUCGACGGGUUCGGCGGUCAGGGGAGACCUUUGAAUUUGGACGAUGUUAUCAUCAACGCGAAUGAUCUCACACGACACGUGAGCCCAAGGAAUGAUGAAGAUACAUACAACUAUAACAAUAUAUACGGGAACGUGCCUAUCAGCUCGAGGAACAUGAACGGAGCGCUGUACGACCAAGUGUACACUGAGAAUGAGGGACAUUAUGAUUUCGUGCCAUCACAAUUAGACGUAGACGAAGUUGAUAGAGUGGCGGAGACGUUCAAUUCAGUGGAAAUAUAUGAAGAAAGGCAACGGGAUUACCAGUCUAACGAAUCUGUGGAAAAUGUGACCGUUAUAUCAGGGAUGAGUAAAGCAAGUGCGGAUACUGUGUCCAUGUAUUCAUCACGAAGCCACGAAGAGGCUCGACCGACUAGAAGAAGACACUUGCAGGCGUCUCUAGAUGAUAUGCUAGUCUGUGGAUUGAGAGACCCUCCCGAUGAUAAAGAUGAAGGGAAGUUCCUACAUCCAGCCAGUGUUAAAUGCAAGGUCCGUAAAUCGAAGCCAUUGAAUUUGAUAUCAAAGACAAAGAACAUGCUCAGCGGUAGGAGUGACAAGGACAAGAGAGAGAAGGAUGCUGGUGAGGGAGAGAGACGGAGAGCGAUCAGCGCCAGCGAGGGGGACGUGUCCGGCGCGGGAGGUGGAGGGGGGGACGGGCUGGCCGGCGCGACCAGCGAGCCUGACCUCCGGGGACAGAGCGAGCAGUCUUCCCCGUUUCGUCGAUGGACAACUGGAGGCAGCGCCGGUAGUUCGUACAGACACCCAGACCAUCGAGGUCUAUAUAAUAAGCAAAUGAGCGAAGGGUCAGCGCCAAGCCAGUCUGGUUCAGCUAAAGGCGGCGUGGCUCGAUGGUCGUUGGGCCUGGAACAACUGCUGGCUGAUCCAGCAGGGGCUGCGGCCUUCGCACACUUCCUGGAUAAGGAAUAUGCUGCUGAGAACAUUCGAUUCUGGUGGUCGUGCGAGCAGUACCGUCUAAGCGGAGCGGAGGCCGAGCGCUCCGCCCUCGCCACGCAGAUCUGGCAGAGGCACCUCGCGGACGGGGCUUCGGACCCCGUGAACGUGGACGCCGCAGCCCUAAGGGCGGUGUCUCUCAGGCUGCAUCAAACACCGCCGCCGCAAGAUCUAUUUCUUCAGGCCCAGAAGCAGAUCUUCAACGUGAUGAAGUUCGACAGCUACCCUCGUUUCCUCCGCUCGUCUGUCCACGCGGAGUGUGCGCGGGCCGACCUGCGAGGCCUGCCGCCGCCCUACGCACCCGAAAAUAAUAAGUUGAAGAAGACUUCAUCGAAUGCGUCUGAGAGGCGCCGCAGCGGGUCCCUGCUGCCGUGGAGGAGCAGGGCUCCGUCAAGGGACAGAGAUGAGGAUGUGGUGAAGUCAAGUCAAUCCAACGGUCAGUGUUCGUUGUGCCGCGUGGUUCUGCCUGACGGGGCCACAUCUGUGGUCGGUGUGGACGAGGAGCUGAGCGUGAAGCGGCUCGUGGACCGGCUGCUGCAGAGGCGGAACCUGGAGUGUAACACCUAUGACGUCAUACUUGUCGAUCAGGCGGGCGAAGGCUCCACGGUCCCGUGCUCCGCCCCGUCAUCCCGUCUCGGAGGUCGUGUGGCUCGCGUGGAGCGUCGCGUGGUGCUCCGCGUAUGUCUCCCGGGUCGCGCCGUAGCCGUCCGCUGCCGGCCCGCGCGCCGCCUGCGACACGUACUCCGCCCCGUGUUACAGAGAUACUGGCCCGAGCUCGGCUCACAUCGUGUUCUAUCAGCGGGCGUCCCCAUUCACCCCGACACGCCCGUCGAUGAACUAGAUGGCGCUAGGGUUCAUAUACAAGAGGAUGAGAACAGCAGCCCGCCGCCGGUCAUUAGAGACGAAGAUGGGGACUCGCUGAGUGACCUCGCGCUACGACCUGACGACCUGGACGACAACCAGAGUACUAGUCGAAGCAGCGUCAGUUCUAAUCAGACUGUGGACGUGGCGUCUGCCGUGAACACGUCGAGUGUGAACGUGAGCGGGGGCGGCGGCCCGGGCUCCAGGGUGAGGGCGGCGCUGCGGGCCGGCCCGCCGCUACACCACCACCCUCCUGAUUUCCUUGAAAACCUGCGCGAGACGCAGCGUCAGCGGCUCCCGGCACGCACCCCGCCGCCGCUACCUCCCAAACCUCGAGCACCGACCCUCGUGUGA